AUGAACGCACCACGAAGGCCUUCCCAGCCGUCUCUGGACGCAAGCAUAUCUGACCUUACACGCAAGAACGCCGUGUACUAUCCGAGCUAUCGGGUUUAUCGGGAUGAGACACCAGCAUCGUUGAACUACAACUGCAUUAGCCACGUCUUUUAUGCCUUUGCUCACGUUUCUCCUGACGGUGGCGUCUUCCUCAGUGACGAAUGGGCCGACUGCCAAAAGCCUGUUGAUGGAGCAACUGGGUGCUUGGGAUCAUUCAUGCGUCUGAAGGAGGAACACGACUAUCUCAAGUUGAUUCUAUCCAUCGGUGGAGGAGCUGCUAGUGAAAACUUCGUGACCGUGGCUGCCAGUGCCGCUACAAGAGACAGCUUUGGAAGGUCUGCCAAAGGGCUCGUGGAAGCUUCCGGCUUCGAUGGCAUAGACAUUGACUGGGAACAUCCUUCCAACCCUGAGCAAGGCAGAGACUUCCUUGCAUUGCUAGCUGCUAUCCGACUUCACCUUCCAGACGACCGUUACAUCCUAUCAGCGGCUCUACCAGCCGGGCAGUGGGCACUGCAGCACAUCGACCUUUACAAAGCCCAGGAUUACCUUGAUUUGCUCAAUCUCAUGGCCUAUGACUUCACAGGUCCAUGGUCACAGACAUCAGGACACCAUGCCCAGCUGUUCCCUGGGAAUCCUGGUGAAGCUUCAGGCUCUGUAGCAGUUGACUACGUAAUCUCUACCGGAUUUCCGGCCACCAAAAUACUCCUCGGUGUCCCUGUCUACGGACGGUCCUUCCUAGGUGCAACUGGCCCAGGACAACCCUUCAACGGGCACGGAGGCGAAGAAGGAACCUUCGAAUACAAACAGCUACCACGCCAAGGCACAGAAGAAAUCGUGAACACUCGGGUCGUUGCUGCGUUCUGUACCGGUGAGGAUGGCGGUUUCAUAACCUACGACAAUCCCGAGACAGUCAAACUAAAAGCAAACUAUUGCAUCGAAAAGGGUCUAGGAGGGUUAUUCUACUGGACCGGCACCGCAGAUGCACCCCCCGGCCCUCGGAGUUUGAUAUCAGCUGGCUUCAAAGCUUUGCACGGCUCUUCCUAAUAAUCUCUUUUACCGCCUUUGUAUUUGUACAGUACAACACAAGCAUAGAGCGGCGGGGCACGAAAACAAAAAGGCAUAGGCGGCUCGGAAUAGGUUCAUAUUUUCAAUGGUCGGUGGUGCAUAAGACGGAAUGGAAGGGGUGGACAAAAGGCUGCGUUCAUAUAACGGCCCACGAAUCAUGGAAGGAUAUGAGUAAAUGACUGACGAUGGGAACACGAACGAAUGCGACGUUAGCAAGCAUGUUUGUCGUUGAUUUAAGCUCUGGAUAAAUACCAGGGCACGCAGAUCAUAAGAUUAGUGUAACCAG